AUGAACUCUCUUAUGUUAGAUUUAGGAAAAUUGAAUUUGAAUUUAAUAGCAUGCAGUCAGGCAGCGAAUAUUCUUUAUUUGAUAACUUAUAUAGGAAAGUCCCAGUAUAUAAUGCUGAAACCUAUAGGAUUAGAAUUAGCUCGUAGAGGCCACAAUGUGACUGUUAUAUCAGUGUUCAAAGAGUUGGAACCACCUCCAAAUUACCAUCAAGUUUUAGUAGACGAAAACAUUUUCGAUGCUAUGGGUGGAAAGCGGCCAAGUCAUUUCACAUCCGUAGAUUUAUCAGCUGAAGAAAGGCACAAUCGAUUUCUAUGGAAUGGAGGCUUAACUCUCACUGAAAUCGUACUUAAUUCGACACAAGUUAGACAAUUUUUAGCAUCGGACCACAAUUUCGAUGUUGUAAUAAGCGAGCAGUUUUUUCAAGAAGCGAUGUAUAUUUUAGCGCACAAAUAUGAAGCUCCGUUGGUAUUAAUAACAUCUUAUGGAAACUGUAUGAGGCACAAUAUUGCAACAAGAAACCCUCUUCAGUUGGCAACGGUCGUGUCUGAAUUCUUAGUUGUGCAGGAACCAAAGAGCUUUUUCGGAAGACUGAGGAACUUAUACUUCACGGUUUACGAAUACGUGUGGUGGAGAUUUUGGUAUUUGGAAAAAAUGGACAAAUUGGCUAGGGAAUACGUGCCUAAUCUUAAAAGUCCUGUGCCAAGUCUAUAUCAGUUGCAGCAAAAUGUUUCGUUGUUUUUGAUCAACAGCCACUUCAGUGUUGAUCCACCAACUGCUUAUUUACCAAAUAUUGUGGAAAUAGGCGGAGUUCAUUUAUCUCCCAGCAAACCUAAGCUUCCUAAAGAUCUUCAAACUAUACUAGAUGAAUCAAGUAACGGUGUUAUAUGUGUGACCUUUGGUUCAAAUAUACAAAGUUCGAAGUUACCAGUGGACAAGAGAAAUGCGUUCUUGAAUACAUUCAGAAAGCUAAAAGUAACAGUUCUAUGGAAAUGGGAAGAGGACUUUUUAGAAGGCAAACCCGACAAUGUAAUCAUACGGAAAUGGCUACCUCAAAAUGAAGUAUUAGCGCAUCCAAAUGUUAAAGUAUUCAUAUCACACGGAGGCUUAAUAGGAACACAGGAGGCUAUUUAUCAUGGCGUCCCAAUCAUCGGUGUACCAAUUUAUGGAGAUCAGUACAAUAAUCUGUUACAAAUGCAGCAAGCAGGAUUAGCUAAAAUAUUACAAUUCCACGACAUUAAUGAAGAAAAUUUAGAAACCUUACUUAAUGAAGUUCUGAAUCAUGCUUCUUACAGGAACAGGGCAAAGGAAAUAUCUAAAAGAUUCAAGGAUCGACCUAUGAGUGCUCUAGAUACUGCUAUUUAUUGGAUAGAAUAUGUUAUUAGAAAUAAAGGUGCUGGUUAUAUGAAAAAUCCAGGACUCAAAUUAAGCUGGAUUGCAUAUAACAUGUUGGAUGUUUACGGUUUUCUAGCAAUCGUACUAUUAAUACUUGUUUAUUUAGUAUUCAAAGUAGUUAAUGCAAUGCAACAUAUUAUUAAGCCUAAAAGUUAUGUACCAGAUGUAAGAAAUGGUAAAAUAAAGGACAAUUAA